UCAUUUUUGGACAAGAGUUGCUCUGUUCAGGCUAACUCGAUACCCUCAAGGACACGGAGCAUGGAAAAAGUAAACCAGUGUUUGAAAUUUACACGCAAGACCUUUAAGGCAACCUAGGAAGGACCAGGGACCUCCCCACUGAGGCUCUCCAACUGUGAUAUCAGAGAUUCAAGGAUCCAAUCUAGAAAUAGUUAGGAGCAGUACGCUUAGUUAGUUCAUAUCAAAGGAUUCACCAGAGGAUUCACCGUGUGCCAAGAUGUUCCUCAACGUAUUCCAAUCGGGCAUCUUUCAGCGACAGUUUCGCCGCCAACUUUGGGUCUCUUUGAGUGCCACGCUGAUAACCUUCUGCCAUGGCAUCGCCCUCGGUUGGCUGUCGCCCAUGCUGCCCAAGCUCCUGUCCCCCGCGGAGACGCCCCUGUCCUUCUCCAUCGACGUGGACGAGGCCUCCUGGCUGGGUGCCGUCAUCAGUAUUGGCGGAAUUACUGGGAACUUCUCGUUUUCCUACCUCAUGAACCGCUUCGGCCGCAAAGUGUCCAUUUACGCUCUGGCCGUGCCCCACACGUGCAUUUGGUUCCUGUUCUAUUUCGCCCAGAGCAUCGAGAUGUUGUAUGUAGCAAGGGUGUGUGCCGGCCUAACUGGCGGCGGCAUGUUCGUGGUGCUGCCCAUUUUCAUUGGUGAAAUCGCUGACAACAGCAUUCGUGGACGCCUGUGCUCCUUCUUCACCCUCACCAUGAACACGGGUAUAUUGGUGGGCUUUGUGGUGUCCUCGCACAUCGCCUACCACGUGAUACCCUGUGCUGUGGUGGGUCUGCCCGUCCUGUACGUGAUCCUGGCCACCCGGUAUCCGGAGCCGCCGCAGCAGUUGAUUAGGUGGCAGCGCGUGGAGAAGGCGGAGAAAUCACUUCGCUUUUAUCGCCGCUGCGAUGGUCCCAAUGUGUCCAAGGAGGAGGAGCGGGCCUACCAGAAGCAGUUCGACGAGAUGCGACUGGCCAUCCAGCAGCAGGACAAAGAUUCCGACAAGAAUAGCCUGUCGUUCUCGGAUUUCUUUACCAAGCGCUCGUUAAAAGCCCUGGCCACCGGAUUGGUUCUGAUGAUAGCCAACAUUUUCACCGGCACCUUUGCCUUCAACAACUACAUGUCCAACAUCUUCGAUGCGGUGCACACCAAACUGGAUCCCAACACGAACACCAUUAUCAUUGGAGCCGUCCAGAUUCUUGGCACUCUGGCCAGCAUAUAUUUGGUGGAUCGCUAUGGUCGCCGCAUCCUGUUGAUUGUCUCGUGUGCGGGCAGUGGAAUUGGCACCUCGGCCUUUGGACUGUACGCUUUCUAUGCGGAGGAGCAGAAGGUGGACCUGUCGGCCUUCUCCGCCUGGCUGCCCGUCACCCUGAUGGCCUUCAUCAUCUUCAUAGCCAAUGUGGGCGUCAUUUCGGUGACGAUGGUGGUUCUGGUGGAGAUCCUGCCGCACAAGAUCCGGUCGGUGGGCACCAGCUUCUGUCUGGGGUGCCUCAGCUUCUUCGCCUUCACCUCGCUGAAGACCUUCCCGCUGAUGAUGUUUCACCUGGGUUUGGCGGCCACCAUGUGGUUCUGUGGCGUCGUCAGCGUCAUUUGCCUCUUCUAUGUGGUGGUCUGUCUGGAGGAGACCAAGGGUCGCUCCAUGUAUGACUAAUCUGCAUUCCUAGAGAAUAAAGUUCAGAUAUGUAGUAAGCAGUAACCAA